CUGAAUCUGGUGGAUCUGAGGCUGACUGGGACCAUCCCGCCGGCGCUGGGCAAGCUCUCGCAGCUGCGGAGGCUCGCCCUCCACAUCAAUGCCCUCUCUGGCACGCUACCGCCGGAGCUCAGCGGUCUCUCGCAGCUGGAGUACAUCAACAUAUACGACAACAAGAUCUCGGGGACCAUCCCUUCGGAGCUGGGCGCACUCUCGCAGCUGAAGGAGCUCGGCCUCGACCACAACGCCCUCUCUGGCUCCGUGCCGAAGGAGCUCAACAAGCUCAACAAGCUGCAGUUGUCAGCCUGCGAGCUGGGCGGCACG